UGUGUUUACAUAAUUAAGGUGUCUGCAAGUGCUGUUUUUACCAAAAAAGUUUGCCUAAAAAUGUCCGACAUGGACGGAGACCAAGACGGCCAGAAGCCAAAGGGCGUAUUCUCCACUUUAAUGGCCGAUGGGGAUUGGCUGUACCUUAAAGGAGAGUAUAAAAAGGCUAUAGACAGCUACACAACAGCACUGACUGUAAAGCCUGACGACAAGACCUGCUUUGUCGGCCGGUCCAAAUGUCACCUGAAGUUGGGUCAAUCUGAAGACGCUUUAAAAGAUGCAGAGUCUUCUCUCAAAGGAGACAAUACAUUUUUCGAGGGGUUGUACCAGAAGGCGGAGGCAUUGUACUACAUGGGAGAAUUUGAAUUUGCACUGGUGUUUUACCACAGAGGACAAAAGUUACGUCCACAAAUACAGGAGUUCAGACUGGGUAUCCAAAAAGCACAAGAGGCCAUAGAAAACUCUGUUGGCAGCCCUCCCUCUGUAAAACUGGAGAUUAAAGGAGACCUGUCAUUUCUCCAGAAAGAUGAAGAGAGAGCGCAGCCGAUUACUGCUAUUCAGCAUCUGACAACGGAGAAGAAAAAGCUGACCCAGAAGACCCCUAAGAAUGAGAAGACAACCAAACAGCUGCUGGGAGAGUUUUACAGUGACAAGAUAUAUCUGGAAAACCUGCUGAAAGAUGAUGACUUGGUAAAAAGUAAGACAAAGGGUGGGGAGCGACUGCAGGACGUCAUUCAGACAUGCCUCACGUACCUUGACACUUGCACCGAGUUCUGGAGCCAGGAGAAACCUAUUUGUGCACGGGAAAGGGAGCGUAAGCUCAUGGAGCAAAAAUGUAGCAAGCCCGGUCGUAGUGCACCCUCUGAACCCGCUCAGUUUCUGCUGAAGAGCCUGGACGACAUAGAUGAAGAGUUGACAUCUGGAAAUGCAGAGGGUAGUCUGAAGAAGGCGGAAGAAGUCAUGAAGAUAGUGCAGAGAUGGUCGGAGAAAGAUGUGCCUAAUAAAAAAGAGGUUUUGGGCAGCCUGCACAGUUGUAUUGGAAAUGCCUUGAUUGACCUGGGAGACAUGGACAAAGCAUUAGACCAUCAUCGGAAAGACUUGGAGUUGGCUAAACAGUGCAAACUCUCAGAUGCAAUGUCCAGAGCUCUGGACAACAUUGGGAGGGUUUAUGCCCAAAUUGGACAGUUCUCACAGGCCAUUGAGUUCUGGGAGAAGAAGAUUCCUUUGGUCCGCGGUGGUCUGGAGAAGACCUGGCUGUUUCAUGAGAUUGGUUGGUGUUACCUGGAGCUAAGUCGCCACGAAGAAGCCCGAGAUUAUGGCGUCCGUUCGGUUGAUGCAGCUGACGAAAUUGCUGAUGAGAAAUGGCAGAUAAAUGCCAAUGUUUUGGUGGCACAAUCAGAAUUGAAACUUGGAAACUUUGAAUCUUGUGUCUCCCACUUUGAGAGAGCAUUGACCCAGGCCAAACUGCAAGAGGACGACGCUGCAGUGAAUGCCAUUCAGCAGGCUCUUGAUGAAGCAAAGCAACACCUGCCACAGUAAGGAUGUCCUGCUGACCUACAAAAGACCACAAUCAUCGAAUGAAAGUGGAACAAAAUGAAUACCAAUAAAAGUCUUCUCUCU